AGCGAUGAAUGAUUCUACUGCUAAUAUGAGUGCAUUCCAUACCCCGUUGAAGCGGCUACCUGACCGACCCAUCAACUUGGAGUUGGAGUCGAAGCUUCAAAGGGAGCCCCCGUGUAAGGCAGUGCCUGAAGUCUCCCCUCAAGAAGAGUUAAAACCGUUGAAUGAGAUUGCAAUCCAGCUCUCCAAAACAAAACUAACAAACAAACAAAAUGACUUGUUUAGUCGGUCAUCUUCUAAAAAGUCCGUAUACUACAAGCCUCCGUCAUCAUCAAACAUCGAUAACCAGUUCGGUAUCAAGAGCUUUCUUCCUCCUAUUAUCAAAAGGAAUUAUCCUCUUAUGGCCACACCUACACCAGAACAACAAGAUCUUGAUACUGAACAGACAUCUAUACCUACGGGCGAGUGGGAAAACCCCGUGAUACAACAAGCUUUGGGCCGUCAGGUGAAUCGGGCGGUUGAGAUCAAGCGUAUAUCAACAGGAGUGGUGGUAAUACUAUGGAUCCAGUUGGUCAAGAAGGUUGUGUCAGUCAAUAUCCUUCAUUAUCCGGUUAGUGUGAUCGUUUUGGCUCAGGUGUUGGUGAUUUUGCGAUGUGUUUACCGGUUGUUCAAAUUGAAGGACCAGUGUGUGGACUUGCCGUUGAAUAAUAAACAGAGAGUAUUGCUCGGUCUUGACACUCUUGAUGAGGAUGUUGAUGUCAAGGUGGAAAAAGCCCGGUACAGCCAGUUCGGAUUCACGUAAGGAAAAGGAGAUAAAGGAACAAGAGGGAAAGGAAUACUGUUGAUCCAAGAAUUGAAUUGUGGUUAAUAGGCUCUUUUUACCCACAAAAACUCGAUCACAGCGUAAACUUGAAGCCCUACUCACCCGGUCUGAUGGUCUAAGGCGAUAUAUCACCUUGGUUUCAUUGGUGUGUGAGUAGUCUGUGAGAUUCUAAUGAUAGCCUAGCAUAGCAUAUACUAAUGUACACAUUUUUACUUU